AUGGCCAAGAAACAGAAUAAGAAGAAGCCCAAUCCUGGCCGAAAUGUCCAGGAUGAUCCCAGGAGUGGACCAGAAAACAAUAGCAACGACCUAAAGGAAGAGGACACCACGGGUCCGUUGGAUAAAAAUGAAAACUUCGAUUCCACACAGGAACGGACUGCUAAGAAAUUCUUAGACACUGACGAAAAUAAACCAUUAUCAAAAAAACUCAAGCAGGAGAUCGGCAAAACUACUAAAGAACCACCACAGUCAGUGGGUGAUCUUGUUGAAGUACCUCACAUGCCAGUUGAGCCCGAUGAAGAAAACUGUGAUCAGGAUGUGGAUGGAGAUGAAGGGCUAGAUGAAAGUGAAGAUGAUUCCAAACCUAUUAGUCUUCAUACAGAUACUCAUGUUCUGACAUGCUUCAAGGCAAGACGACCCUAUACACCCGAGGGUCCGUCUUUGGCAUCGAUCAAUCCUUUCAUUAACAAAAGAAUCGACCCGCCAUAUUACAUGCUGGUGGAUAAAAGGCGUCCAGACCAACCUGCUCAGCCAGUGCCAAUGACGUUGAGCGAUAUUCUUGAGAUUGUUUUUGAAGGGUCAAAGCGAGAUUCUACCAGUGAGGCGACUGAGGGAGCUACUCUAUCUGAGUCUGAAUAUGCUGAUGACAAGGCCGAACUUGAGCCGAUGACAGAGUCUGGAUUAACAAAGCAGUCCAACGAUAGCCUCCCGGUAGACCAAUCGGAAAGCGAAAAAAAGAAGGUUAAUGAUGAUCGUGAUACUGAGAACAAACCAUCCGAUAAGAAAGUGGGUGGUGAAUUUGGAGCUGACACAGCUAAUAGGAUGACUGAUGACAAGACAAGCGACCUCUCGAGCGAAACUAAGCGAAGCGAGUCUGGGGAAGUCAAAGUCAUUUUUGUUAAACUAGCUGGUAAUGCUAUUGGAGAAAUACCGUGUGAGCAGGUCAGGAAAGCCAAUUAUUUCCUCUAUCAGUGGAGGGACCAACUAGCACUAGUUUCAGAGUUGGUACUUCUCUCGAAGAGCCGGAACGCGUCUGUAGUUGCCGGGCCAAAGAAAUUCUUCAACAAGAAAAACGGAGAUUCUGAUCCGAGAAAACUGUUCGAUCACCGUGGAUCGUUGUCUACGCUGGCCGAAGUCGAGGCCCUGGCUAGGGAAAUGCAUCGUGUUUCUAUAAGUGAUUUACGAGAUAGACAAUUGAUAGCAGAACGCGAAAAGUUCCUGCUGGAUGAGGAGCUAGUCGUGAAAGCUGUCACUUGGAAUGUUCAUGGUGAAAAGCUUGCUGGUCAAGAUUUAGCCAAGCUAUUGGGAUCGGAUGCUGAUAUAUAUGUUAUAGGACUACAGGAGUCAGAUAACCUCGGUAAGAAUCUCUAUGCCAAUACUACCACAUUAGCAUCCACUACGGAGAAAUUACUUUCAUAUUUGCCGGACCAUGUUGAAAUGGCACACAAUCAGCUCUUGGGUCUGAUGACUGUAGUUCUUAUUCAUUGCAGGCUAGCGCCACAAAUCUCUAAGAUCGAGCUCGCAUCUACUGGUACUGGCUUGUUUGGCGUCUGGGGUAACAAGGGAGCCAUUAUGAUCCGAUUUAUCAUUGGGGCAGACCCUAUUAUUCCCAAUUCUGGAACUAAAAUUUGUUUGGUAAACUGUCAUUUGUCUGCAGGGUCCGGUGCUCCAAGUGUUGAUAGACGGCGGUGGGAACUGACUGAGAUUUCAAACAAGUUUGGUCUUUCUGGCAUUGUGUCUGCUACCAAUGACAGUGUUAUUUUUGAUAGCGAUGCUCAUGAGCUGUCCUUGAGCGAUGACCUACUCCAGGGACCUGGGGUUUUUAAGAAUGAUGGCAGUGGUUCGUCAUCUGUUUCGCCACUGGCCUCACGACCGUCAACGCCAGAAAUACUGCUCUCUAAGCCAGCAUCUGGACAAGUAUCGGUGAAGACCAAGCAGACGAUAGACUCAAUAGUUCCACAGAACUCCCCUUCGAUUUCACGCUCAAUUAAGACCCCAUCUUAUCAUCAAGACAAUAAUUUUGUUCUGUUAAUGGGAGAUCUCAACUUCCGUGUCACACUCGAACCAGCCGACCUUGUACAGGAUUUUGCCAGUACCCGUGAUUUUGAAACCAUCAUCAUUCACGACACUCUUUCGCAAGAAAUGAAAGCGCGCCGUCUAUUGCAAGGAUUAAAAGAGGGCCCUAUACGAUUCCCGCCUACAUACCGAUACAUUGUUGGAACGAACGACUACGACUUAGAACGUAUCCCCUCAUACACAGAUCGAAUCCUGUACUCUGGAGAUAGCGUGGUAUUGUCCCAGAUCGACUAUAAAACGUAUCCCUCAUACACCAUGUCAGACCACAAACCUGUAUCGAGUACUUUACGAAUAGGUGUGAACUUAGUAAAUUUCGAUAUUCGUAAUGACAUUGUGACUGAGACGUUGAAAAAGCUCGACAAAGCUGAAAAUGCUGCUAGACCAGUGAUUUCCAUUGAACCGCUUGAGCUGACAUCCAGUGGUCUCGUGCUUCAUGAGCAGGACGUGUAUACUACUAUCUCACAUAAUAGCAUACUCUCAGGUCAGCAAGCAGGCUCUCGAAUUGUUGAAUGGGAAGCUAUAAUUUCUGAUCCCAACAUAAAAGUAGUACCUGACCGAGGGUCACUACCAGCAGGUGGCAGUCAGAGAGUCAAAUUGUCUACUACACUUGGAGUACCAGGAAGCAGUGAUACCAAUAGCAAGUCGCCUUUACAAUCGGUAGUAGUCGUGCACAUCAAAGACGCCCAAGACAUAUUUGUUAGUGUAGACUUUAAUGCCCUUCCCACAUGUCUUGGAGCCUCUUUAGAUCUUUUAUGUCGUAUGCCAGAAGGCGCUCGUAAGGGAAUCAAAGACUCUGCCACUUCGUCGAAUAUGCCUAGGGAAAUUUGCAACUGCGUCGACUAUCUUUGGAAUCACCUGAGCUCUGCACCUGACAUGUUUUGGCAGGCAGGUGACGAGGCCAUUGAAUCUCAGAUUCAGGAAUGGAUGGAUAAUGGACAAGAUUUCGACACUCACGUUCUGGACACUGCCAACGAUUUGCAACAGAAUGUAGGUGUGUACUCUGUAGCCAGGCAAUUCCUGUUGCUGCUGAAAUAUAUCAGCGGAGGAAUCAUCCCGGUCGAAUACCACUACCUGAUUUUGCGUGGAGCGAGCGGAGUUAACGCUCUCCUGGAAAGUCUCUCUGGUAUUAAUGUCAAUGCUCUUCUCUACAUCGUUGGCCUUCUCGCACGAGCCAUCGAAGCAGGCAUCAACGAACGCCGGCUCCUUGAUAUUUUCGAGCCCCUUAUUAUCGCCAUUCCCCGUGGUAAAGAUAGCAGCAGGUCUAAAGCCCUACGUCGCGAUUUUCUCAAAAAACUUCUGGACCCUUCUACACCCUAG